GCGCGCGUUCGCGGCCGCGCACCUCCUGCGGGACUACCGCACAAGAAGAAAUGCCAUGCAGCGGAGAGACAGACCCAAGCGAUUGAACUUCACUGAGUUCACCCUGUUAGUUUGCACUAUAUUAUAGAUCAACUUUUUUUUCGGUGAUCGAAUCAACAUUACAUCAGACACUUUUCAAUACACCAAACCAGAACAAAUCUAACUUUGCAAGAUUGAGUCUUUGAUUUUGUUGCAGGCAGAGCCAAAGCGCAUUGGGAAAGAUUUAUACUGGUGGGUGUAGCCCCCGAGCGGUUUUUCAAUCACCGGCGAGUGAACGCGUUUUUCAGAUCAGACCGCAAAGCAGCAGUUAGCGAGUUAUCGACCCAAUGCCUAGGUACAAAUAAUUCAGAAAUGGGGAGUUACUGCUUCCGACAAAAAGUUUUAGGCUACAUGUCAAGCCGUAUUUGAAAAGCCAGUCAGACUGACACCUGCCUCGCUGAAGAAAGCAAUAUACCAUUAAAUCCUAGGCAACAAGUUGAAGUACGGCCUGGUAGGAAACGAAAGCCCAUGACGGCUCUGAACUCCCAGAAAGAGAAGUCCUCGUCGAGGAAGAGGGUCCUGAUCACCGUGUUGAUGGUACUGGUAGUGCUGGGGAUCCUGGCCACGGCUGGCUACUUCAUCGCGCAGCUGAUCAACAGUAAGUUCUUCUUCUGCUCCCGGUCAGUGAAGUUCAUUCCCCUGGAAAAAGCAUGUGAUGGGAUGGCAGACUGUUCAGGAGGAGAGGACGAGCUCACCUGUGUGGCCAGCAUGACGGUCAACACUACCUUCCCAGUGCGUCUGGUCUCUGAGCAGAGGGUUCUCCAGAUCUACAGUGACGGGACAGGAUGGAGGAGUGUGUGUAGUGAGAACUGGACCCAGCAGCACACAGAGAAAGCCUGUCAGCAGCUGGGCUACACCUAUAAACCCAACAGUAGUAGUAUCUCAGUGGAGAACUUGUCCUCGUCCCUGAAGACAGGACCGUUCUCAGGGGUCAGGGUCGCAGCUGAAACCACCCCCAUUUACCAGACUGUCACUGACCGCAAGGUGUGUAACUCAGAAUCCGUGAUCUCCCUGACCUGCUCCGACUGUGGAGAGCGGGGGCGAUCGGACCGUGUCGUGGGGGGUGUGGAUGCGUCUAUAGAAGACUGGCCGUGGCAGGUGAGCCUGCAGCAGAACGGACAACACACCUGUGGAGGGUCACUGGUGUCCUCCCGCUGGGUCGUCACAGCAGCACACUGCUUCUCUGGUAGUAAGAAGGAGCUGAGUCGCUGGCAGGUGGUGUCUGGGAGGACCUACAUGGGCACCCUGGGAGGCUCAUAUGUAGACAGGAUCAUACUGAACGGAGACUACGAUGCAGCCAGCAAUGACUACGACCUGGCCAUGAUGAGGCUGACCAAACCCAUCACUGUAGGAGACACUCGUCGGCCCGUGUGUUUGCCCCCUAAGAACCUGGGCCUGAAGGCAGGAGACUCUAUGACGGUGACGGGCUGGGGCUACCUCCAUGAGAAGGGUAAAGUGUCUCCUGUCCUCCAGAAGGCUAUCAUUCCCCUUAUAGACAGUGAUCAGUGCUCCAGUCCCACUGUCUACGGUGACUCAAUUACUCCCAGAAUGCUUUGCGCUGGUUACCUGGAGGGCAAAGUGGAUGCAUGUCAGGGAGACAGUGGGGGUCCUCUGGUGUACCUGUCAGAACAAUGGCAGCUGGUGGGGGUGGUGAGCUGGGGGAUCGGCUGUGCCAGAGAGCGUCAACCAGGGGUCUACUGCAACGUGGACGAUAUGCUCAACUGGAUCCACACUGUCAUUGUGGAAAACCCUUGAAGCCUCAACACAUGACCAAAAGCCAAUGCUCUAUUGCGUUGGGUUAUCCGAAUGGAUUUCAGCGGGUCUACAUGGAGCUCUGCUAUGGGAAUAGAAGAGGAAUCUUCUUCGAAGUGCAAUUUAAAACACCUACAACAAUACAUAACUCAAACACACACACACACACACACACACACACACACACACACACACACACACACACACACACACACACACACACAUGCCCGCACACUCAGAUAGACACGGACGCGAACACACUCAACACUCCUUCUUUACUAUAACAGGUUAUUUACGGUGUGACUUGUGCCAUUUUCGGUGUCUCAGGGACCACUUACGUGGUGGUGUAACACUGUCGCUGGAGACGACAGUCGGUCUAGGGCUGCGUCCAAAAUGGCACCCUUUUGCCUUUAUAGUGCACUACUCUUAAACAGAACACUACGGUUCAAAGUAGUGCACUAUCAAGGGCAUAGGCGGGGCGUUUGGGACGAAGCCUGGGUUUUCCACAUGGCUAAGUAUAUUGAGACAGGACUCUCACCAAGUGCCUCUGCUGUCUUUUUGUCAAUGAGGUUGCGAGAAGACCGCCAUAACCUACUGUACUUGACCACGUUUUAUAAAUGUAAAGUCGUAAUGUGACCACAUGUUUAUGUGAGUAUUGAAAUGCAUUGCAGAAUGUUCAACAUGUUCACCCAACUUUCCAUGGGUGACAUGUCUUAACGAAAAUAUAUGUUGAUGAAGUAUAUGUGCCAUGUAGUUGAAAAUCGCAUUUUACCUCAUGUUAAGUGAUCCUCAAGUACGGUGAUGUGACCCUUUCUUCAUAUUAUAUGUCAUUGGAGGGGGCAUUAGCCCCCUCGACUUACCGUACUGUACAUCCCGUCAUGGAUUCACUUUGACACUUUCAGGUGGUCAGAACUAUUCACUGUGUGCCGACAGAUUUCCAGUGGGCAAUCGGAAUAAUCUUUACUUGCACAAGGUUCUAAUUAAUAGCGUGUCUUUUUUUAAAUUUAAAUUGUGAACCUUUUAGUGUUUCUUUAAAUAUUGUUUACUACGUAGAAAUGGUUGUCUGUGUAAGAUAGAAAUGUGUCUGUAUUUGUUGGUAUGUUUGAUAAAGGGAUGCCUGUGUUCAAUAAAUGAUCAGAUGGGGAUGAACUUUGA